AUGCAGGGGUAUCCGCAGCAGCAGCAGCAGUAUUGCGGCUACGACGCGGCCGCUUCACAAGCGCAGCAGCAGCAGCAGCAGCAGUAUGCCUAUUCGCCGGCUGUGGGUAACGGGGACUACGGGUCGUACUAUGCCCCCGCCAACGCCGGCGCCUCACAAGCUGCCGUGGCGUCUGGCGUUGGCGUUGGCGUUGGCGUUGGCGGGUACGGUGGUCAGUACAUGCAACAAGGGCAGCAGCAGGCGUACCAGUACGAGCAACAACAGUAUGCCUCAGGGAUGAGUAAAACCGCGGAUGUCGUUGCCUCCCCACUGGCCCCUCAAGUGGAGUCGCCCACGGCGUACGCCUAUGCGGGCCCCGCCGCUGCCUUGGCGCCUGGGCAUGACACGCCGAGCGCCGCGCCGAACGCCACAGACGAUAACGGCCUGCGCUGGACGUGGAGCACCUAUCCCAACACGUACCGGGACACCAAGCACGACCCUGUCUCCGUGGCGUCCAUCACGCUGCCGGAGAUGAUCGUUCCGCUUGCCUGCAUGUACACACCGCUGCGGCCGCUGGAAACCAGCCACUUCGUCCUCGGUGACCCCGCCGCGCGCGGCCAGCAGUGCCCGAACUGCGGCGCCUUUUGGAACAAGCACUGCCACCGUGAGGAGGGCAAGUUCUGGGUGUGUCUCUCGUGUCUGCGGCGCAAUCCAAUGCCGCCGAAUUACAGCCCCGAGCACCCCGCACUGCAUCAUGACACCGUGGAGUACAUUAUCCCCUCCGCAGCACCCGCGACGGCGGGAGGGGCGGUGGACGCCAGCGCAAGGCACACCUACCCAACCUUCGUCUUUAUCAUUGACGCCUGUCUCCCGGUGGAGGAGCUCGAGGCCCUGAAGCAAAACAUUCUGCGCUGCCUGAACUGGCUCCCUCCGCAGUCCCUCGUGGGGCUCAUCUCGUUCGGGGCCCGCACCUCUGUGUGGGAGCUUGGAACCUCGACCUUGACGCGCUGCUACAGCCUGCGCGGCGAAAGGCAGUACGAGCCCGCCGAACUCUCGGCAAUGCUGCAGGUGACGGAUGCGAUGCCGGUGCAAGGCCGCUUCCUGGCGCCGCUCGAAGACUGUGAGUUUGUGCUGACCACCUUGAUUGAGGAGCUGCAGUGUGACGAUAGUGUGACGCCCGGCAACAAGCGGCCGCUCCGCACCACCGGCACCGCCGUUAGCGUUGCAGUGAGGUUGUUAGAGUUGCUGUAUGAGAAACCCGCCGCGAAGGCGGCAAAAGCGGCGGCUGCAUCGUCCGCACCUGCCGUAAAGGCGGGGCGACUGCUGCUCUUUACAGGUGGCCCCUGCACCCGCGGUCCAGGAACAGUUGUGGGCAUUGAGAAGGAAAAGAUGAUGCGCUUUCACCGCGACAUUAUUGACGGUGACACGCCAUAUUACGCCGACGCCUUCAACAUGUACAAGGGCCUGCAGCAGCGCCUGUCAAACGUGCAGGCGAGCCUUGAUGUCUUUGCCGAGAGCUUUGAUCAGACGGGCAUCCUAGAAAUGCGGGAGGCGGUGAAUCAAACAGGGGGUACUUUUAUCUGCGGUGAUAUGUUUAACCACAAGAUGUUUACCACGUCGUUUCAGCGAUACUUUGACCGCUUUGACCCACGCGUGCGUGCGCUGGAGGCGCAGGGCGGGGCGGCGGCCGGCGCGGCGUUCUCCGUGCGCAGCGCCUUCGGCGUGAAGUUUGGGGUGCACACCUCCGUAGAAACUUUAGUGAGCGGCGUGCUGGGGCCAUGCCUCGUGGAUGAGCAGGCGAACAAGACGAGCCCGCACCGUGCGGCCUCCCCCAUUCAAAUUGGGGUGGGGGGCACGACGAACUGGUGCGUCAGCACCCUCGACGAGGCGGUUACGUACACCUUCCUUUUUGACACGGCCACGAUGAGCAAGAAGGGCGGCGGGGACGCCGCCGGGGCAAAGGAUCCGCGCAGCAUUGAGGGCAGGCACCGCUUCUUGCAGUUCGUGGUGCGUUUCACCACCCCGCACGGGGAGUCGCGGGUGCGGGUGACGAGUGUCGUGCUGCACGUCGCGCCGUCGCUGCCGUCCAUCGAGCCGCAGUACUUCGUGCAGCACGAGGCCUUUGACCAGACGUGCGCCGCCACCGUGCUGGCCCGCAUGGUGGUGAGCAUCCUGGAGAAGCACCCGAGCAAGUGGGAUGACACCAAGCGGUGGCUGGACACCUUGUUGGUGCGCUUUGUGCGCCGCUACGGCAACUUCCGGCCGGGCAUACCGGAGUCGCUGCGGUUGCACCCGUGCCUCUCGCUCUUUCCCUCCUUUCUCUUCAACCUGCGCCGGUCGGAGUACUUCAUGGUGCUCAACAUCUCCCCCGACGAGACGGCGUUCAAGCGGCACUGGCUGAUGCGGGACCCCGUCGACAACUGCGUCCUCAUGAUUCAACCGGCACUGUACUCCUACGACAUCGAGGCGCCGCAGGCGACGCCGGUGCCACUGGAUAGCUGCAGCCUGCGCCCGGACAACAUCCUCCUCAUGGACGCGUACUUCAACAUUCACAUCAUGUGGGGCACAACCAUCUUUGCCUGGAUACAGGCCAAGUACCAGGACGACCCCGAGUACCUCUACUUUGCACAGCUGCUGGAGAACGUGGAGAACGACGCAAUAGGACUUCUGAGCACGCGAUACCCGUACCCACGCUUUUCUCGCACAGACGCCAACGGCUCUGAGGCGCGGCACAUCAAGACCCGGAUGAACCCAACAGUGACACACCACAGCGGUGGCAUUGGCGCUGCUGCCGCCACCGCUGCGGGUGACCAGUCGGACGUCAUCUACACCGAUGAGGCCUCCAUUAUGAAGUUCAUGGAGUCGCUGAAGCAGGCCGUGGUCUCCCUCGGUAAAGACGGCAAUGGUGCGGGUAACAACAGUAUUGGUGUGCGUUGA